UUCAUUGAGAAAUAAAUCAAAUCACAUUACCCCAGCCAAAAUACCCUAGCACUGUAAGCCUACACCACCGCCGCAAGGAGUGGCAUACUGCCGCGUCCGUCGCACUCAAAGUUCGCCAUCCGUCCGUCUAUCUAGCUUCCCUCGUGAUCCAAGUCUUCAACCCCUGUUCGCUGUCACCGAUCGCGGCUGCUUCCUCAAGCUCGGCGUCCGUCGUCUUUGUCUGCUCAGCCGCGCUUCCGUCGCCGUUUGUUUGCCGUUCACGUUCGCUCGACGUUCACUGUUCGCGUUCAGUCGCCGUUCACCGUUCGCGUUCACUCGCCGUUCACCGUUCGAGUUCGCAUUUGUGUUCGUCUGGAAGCCACGUUGCUCUGCUUCAAACACUGCGACCAACCCGCGCGCUCCACCUAGCCGUCGAACUGCUCUCUUUCGCCUAUAAUAAGGCAGCACCUUCUGAUCAUCGUGAGAAUCGUUGCAGCCUUAACCCAUUUUGCCUUUGUUUGUUGUUGCCGGCACAAGAGCUUGUGCCGUUGUUGGAGCAAGACUCCUCAAAGUUGCUGUUGGCUCCUCGGCCUCCUCAAUGUACCUUUGAAUUUCGUGGAAUGAUGAACACGCCCAUUAUUGAUCCGUUGCAGGGAGACUUCCCCGAAGUGAUUGAGGAGUAUUUGGAGCAUGGCUGUAUGAAAUGUAUUGCCUUCAAUCGCCGCGGUACCCUUCUUGCUGCUGGGUGCAAUGAUGGAAGUUGUGUUGUCUGGGAUUUUGAAACCCGGGGAGUUGCUAAAGAGCUUCGGGAUAAUGAAUGUUCCUCUCCCAUAACCAGUGUCUGUUGGUCAAAGUGUGGUAAUCGAAUUCUUGUAUCUGCUGCCGACAAGUCGUUAUCAUUAUGGGAUGUUUUGAGCGGUAAAAGAAUGACAAGAAUAGUCUUGCAACAAACCUCUCUACAAGCCCGUCUUCAUCCAGGUUCCUCUAUGCCGUCUCUAUGCUUAGCAUGCCCUCUCUCGUGUGCUCCAAUGAUUGUUGAUUUGAAUACAGGCAACACAACUUCACUUAAAGUUUCUGUCUCAGAGAUAUCCAAUGGACCAAACCUUCCAUCGCGUAACAAGUGUUCUGAUGGAAUUACCUCCUUCACACCAACUGCUGCUUGCUUUAGUAAGUAUGGCAGUCUGGUUUAUGUGGGGAACUCAAAAGGGGAAAUUCUUGUAAUUGAUCAUCAGAUGGUUCUACUUACAAACUCAAAUGAUCGAGUAAUCAGGAUCUACGAAAAUCUUCUUCCCUUGAAAGAGGAAGUAAGGGCACUUGAUGACCUUAAUAAGAAUUUCAACGAUCUUGAUGGAGUUGAGAAGUUGAAGGCUGUAGGAACAAAAUGCUUAACUUUAUUUCGGGAAUUUCAAGAUUCAAUUACAAAGGUGCACUGGAAAGCGCCCUGUUUCAGUGGUGAUGGUGAGUGGGUUGUCGGGGGUUCUGCUAGCAAAGGAGAACACAAGAUUUACAUUUGGGAUAGGGCUGGGCAUCUUGUGAAAAUCCUUGAAGGGCCUAAGGAAGCUCUUAUUGAUUUAGCAUGGCAUCCUGUACGUCCUAUUGUUGUAUCUGUUUCUUUGAAUGGAAUAGUUUACAUUUGGGCUAAAGAUUACACUGAGAAUUGGAGUGCAUUUGCUCCCGAUUUCAAAGAGCUUGAGGAAAAUGAGGAGUAUGUAGAGCGAGAAGAUGAAUUUGAUUUGAUUCCUGAAACCGAGAAGGUAAAAGGUUCUGAUGUUAAUGAAGAUGAAGAAGUUGACAUUGUAACGGUGGAGGAAGAUGCUGCUUUCAGCGACUCUGAUAUGUCUCAAGAAGAGUUAUGUUUCUUGCCUGCAACUCCCAGUCGUGAUGUUCCUGAACAAGAUAAGUGUCUAGAAAGUUCUUCAAAGCUAGUGGACAGUACCAACACUGGAUCCCCACUUUCAGAAGAAGCUGGGCCAAAUGGACAUAUGCCGAAUCAAGCCUCAAGUCCAGUUGAAGAUGAUGCUGGUGGUGCACGUGUUAAAAGAAAACGGAAACCUUCUGAGAAGGUGUUAGAGUUACAGGCAGAAAAAAUAAAGAAACCAUCAAAACCUAGCAAAUCCUCUAAACCUAGAGGCAAAUCUUUGGUUGAUCAGGAUAAUAGUAAUGGUUUUGACGGUGUUGAACUUACAGAUGAAUAAUAGCAGAUUGCAAUUUCUUCUGUGUUGGAAAAAGAGACAUUGUACUAUAAUUUACUUUCUUUUCAUAUCUAGGAUCCUGACAAGAGAAAGUUAAUGGUUAGAAAUCACAUAGUAUGGAUUGGUCACGUGAAUGUUUUAUUGAAUUGAUCAUGGAACUAAACGUUUUUGUAUAGUUGAAUUGGUAAAAGCUUAGUUUAGUUGAACUAAUUUAGUUAGUUUCAGAACUUGUUGGGUUUAUUGGUUUUAAUUGUAAUGCACAAGUGCCAUUUCCGUAGUAUGUGGAUGGACUCCGGUAAUGCUACAUUUCUGGCCAGUUUUAGCCAACUUGUAGAGUUGUAGCCUAUUUGAAACAUGAAUGUUUUAUUAUUACUAUCCUUUAGAUAUGAUGAGCCUGUUCAUUUAGAUGUGUUGUGUUAA